AUGUGUUUAAUUCGGAUCAUUGGUGCCGUGGGAACGUGUGUAUUGACAACGCUGUCGAGGUGGACGUGUGUGGCUACCAGAAAGACCAAGGCAAGCGAGAGAACAAACUUGUUGGACGCCUGUGUAAACGGAGAUGUUGCUGAAGUUGAGCGAGCACUUCAAGCCGGUGCAAACGUGGAGUCAAGAAACGCUGAUGGAUGGACUCCUUUAAUCAUCGCAGCCGAUAUUGGCAACGUCGACAUUGCUCGAAUGCUACUAAAAGAUGGAGCUGACGUCAACGCAACAACACCGCGUGGUUCACCGGCCUUGAGAAUGGCUGCAGCAGGCGGACACGUAGCCGUCGCUCGACUGUUACUGGAAGCAGGCGCCAAUCCAAACAUUCUAGCAGAUGACAGCUAUGCCCCGCUAACAAUCGCUGCAGUAAGAGGGCAUACCGAGGUAGUGCGUCUCCUUGUGGAGUACAAGGCUUACCUUGAUAUUCAACUCUGCUGUGGCAACACAGCGCUAGGAAUUGCAUGCGAAAACGGAAUGGUAAAUACGGUGGAAAAGCUUUUAGAAGCUGGAGCAUCGGUGGAUUUGUUGGACAACGACGGAUGGACUCCGCUAAUAAUUGCUGUGUUAAACGGACGUGACGACAUCACUCGUCUCCUCUUGAAACACAACGCCGACAUUAAUUUCAAAGGACCAAGACAUAUAACAGCAUUGCGCGCUGCUACUGAGCUGGGAAACAUCGAGGUGGUACGAACUCUGAUCUGCAGUAAAGCGUCACUGAACGACCCUAGCGAAGACGGCGAAACACCACUCUUCAUUGCAGCCAAGAAGGGGUACCAUGGCAUUGUUCAACUACUGGUAAACCAUGGUGCUGACCUCAACCGACAGUCUAUCACGGGCGCCACAGCUCUGCUAAUGGCUUCGAUGUUCAACCACCAGGAAUCGCUUCGCAUCCUCUUGGACGCUGAAGCGAACGUUGAUUUGAGGGACUUUUGUGGUUGGACAGCAUUGUCGAUGGCGUAUUUUAGCGGGUAUCCUCAGCUCGUUCAUCUCAUUUUAGAGCGACGACCCGCACUAAUGAGAGAUGAACCAGAAUUGAUCCACCAAAUCUGA